AUGGAAGACGACUCUCAGCUAAAGAAACCCCCAAAGAUUGAAGCCCUUGAGCCAGGUCCUGGACCUGGAUGUUACAGCUUACCUCCCACCAUUGGAUUUGUCAACCAUGAUUACACCCGCUUCGCCAGUCCGGCUUAUUCCUUUCGUCAGAGGCUCAACAAUCAUGGCCACAAUGCGAGUCCUGGACCCUGUUACUAUGUGUCCCCUGAGCACACACGCUUCGGCAGGAUGAAGGGUCCUUCUUACUCCAUGCUGGGACGAGCUAAACCUCCAGCAUUCUCCAUGCUGAAGAGGCUCCAGAAACCCCCAAGAGCCUUCCAGACCCCCGGGCCGGGGGCCCAUAGCCCAGAAAAAGUGAGCAUUCACAAGACAGGGGGGCCGUCUUACUCUUUCGGGGUCCGUCACUCCGAAUACCUCAUGCCAUUUAUGGCGGAUGCUCCGGAGUGGUAG